AUGCCAAAGCCGCUGGGGAACGCACCGUUCUCUGGCGAGGCAAGCACCACAACAAAAGAGGGAAUUGUGCGUGUGCGGUUGCUGGCCGAGUUGUCGACGUUGCGUGAAAAACACAACAAGCUUCUCGCCGAGCGGCUAGAGCCUGAGCGGCAUCAUUCUCCUUCUGCAGGGUCCUCCUGUGAAGAUAAUGGGACAGGCCAGAGCCCGUUCCUUGGGAAAGCUGACCGUGACGCGAUAGAGGCUUUCUUUAGCAACUCCGAGGAUGACUUCACGCGGCAGUUUAACGAGGGCCUUGGGAAGCUGCAGCGUGGUGAGCUGCUGGACAAGAUAGCACGGCCUCCCCAAUGA